AUGUAUUUUUGUGAAGAUCAUUUUGAUUUGCCAAAUGAUAUGAUUAAUUAUAUGGAGUAUCAUAUGAAGGGAACAGUAUCACAAGUGCGCAUGAAACCAGUUCCUCCCCCAAACAACUUCUUCGCAUUGUCCGAUGACGUCACCACGUCAUGGCCAAAAGAUACGCUUUCCGUACUUUUUCAAUUUCUAAUGCCCAUUGCUGUAGUCCUUCUUCCGAGUGUUGAACUCUAUCACGUAGGUGGGCGCGGAAUUUCCAGAUGGCGUUCCCUAUAUCUCGAUUCGAGCUCCUCCAACAGUUCAUUGAACCCGCUGCCCGAGCUAGGCAGUGCCUCUAGUAGCGACAGUCUGGAACUGCUGACGGUACGCGGUCCACGAAGUACUGCCAUCAUAAGAGGAGACCUUCGCACUGGGUGCAUGAACUACACCGACUACACCCGGGGUGUGGCCAACUGGAGCUUGUUCCGAGGUGAGCGAGGCCUGAUGUGCGGAACCGCACGUGAUUAG